UCUGUUUAGUCUUUCAAAAACCUUUCUAUAAUGACAAACUUUAAUUUCUUCUCGUCGUUUUUUAUUUUCGUAGACUUCAUUUUUCAAGGGACAACUGCUGAUGAUGGUUACUAUUGGAAGGAGUAUACCGGAGACAUACCUCCGGAUGCCCUCCCCGGAGGCAAGGAUUCCAACGAUGAAGACCUAUUUAUAGGCCAAGCUUACUUCCACAACGAUGGCCUCUACGUGGUUCAAAUUUGUCCCGGAACAAUGACCGUUAGUGCUGGUUGGUGGGGUGUUAAAAAAGCAACCAAUGAUAUUAAAAUUUUGUGUACCCAAAAACCGGAAAAUUUUGAAUGGGUGCCCUCCACGUAUACAACUUUUGAUGAAGUCUUAACUAAAAAAAAUCCGGUCCCUGGAGGUUACGAUUUCAUUAACAACGACGGUAUCAUGCACAUUGGGCGAAUCAGGUAUCAAGAAUUCGUGAAAAUUGGUGGAAUUUGGUCGGCGAAGAAAGACAAAUCUUGGCUUUACUUUGAUUAUUAUAACACUUUGAAAAAAAUAGGGCUGUAUGAAGGUUUAGUUUAUAAUGAGAAAUGAAAAUAACGUUUCAUGUUUCCUGUUCUUUGUCAUUAAAAAUUUGUAACGUAUAAAUGAAUCACGCGAG